CGUACGUCACCUCUGGCAGGCGUUGCCAGGUCAACUCUUUUUUAAAAGGUCCACCCAGAGCAUUGUUGUUAGUUAACGCAGUGAAGUCAUCCGGGUUACUGCUUAUCGCGGUGUGGGGACAAAAACAUCGGCACGUUUUCAUCAUUCUUGAAGACUCGCGACGGAUAGGUGUGAAGAAAUGGCGAGCAAGAAAGAGGACACCAAGUUCUGGCAACAGCUGCACAAUGACGCCAUCGAGGAGCCAGCCAAAGAAGCGGCGGAACCACAGAAGAAGUACUGGGGAACUGUCUUCCCUGUCAAGGACUUUGACAAAGUGGCGGACGCCAAGGCGCUACGCCAAAUUGUGAUGGAGAAAGAUGUUAACGAGCAGAAACUGACUGACAUCCUGGCGCACCGCAGCCAAAACCAACGGAUGGAAAUCGCCAUGCAAUACGAGAAGGACUUCGACGAUGAUCUGAUCGGGGACUUGGUGCACGCGCUGGGGGCUGAUAACGACUUCGGGCGGCUGGUGUGGGCGCUGAUGACCCCGCCCCGGCUGUACGACGCCCGCUGCCUGAGGGGAGCCAUGGAGGGGACCGGCACGGACGAGUCUGUUCUCAUCGAGAUCCUCUGCUCCAGGACUAAUAAGCAAAUAAAGAAGAUUAUAGAGGCCUACUCAUUUGCGACGAACUUCGAUCUGAAGAAGGAUCUGGAGCAGGACACUGGCGGCAACCUGCGCAGUUUGCUCGUAGCCAUGUUGGAAACUGACAGGGAGGACAAGAAUGUUGACUACACAGUCACGCUGGCUGAGGCUUCCACACUUAUCGAUGAGGAACUUGAACCGACCCUGGAGAAGAUCCUGGCGACUCGGAGCUACGCACAUCUCAGGCAGACCUUCCUGGACUAUCAACGGCUAAGCGGACACCACAUCAUGGAAAUGAUCUCGCGUCAAACUGGCGGCUUCCUUAACCCCACCAAGGAUGACGUCAAGGAAGGCUACCUAGCGAUCGUAAAAUGUGUGUUGAGCCUGCCUGGUUACUUCGCGGAGCGUCUGUACAUGGCCAUGAUGGGCUUUGGGACAGACGAGGACACCCUCACAAGGGUCAUUGUGAGCCGCUCUGAGGUGGACAUGAAGAAGGUUGCAGACAUCUAUGAACGGCGCCAUGGAAAGCCGCUAGGGGCCGCUAUUGCCGACGAAACCAGUGGAGCUUACCGCAAUAUGCUUCUUGCCCUGAUUGGUCAGGAAUAAUUGUACAGUAGUGAUUUCCAGCACUUCGCCGUUUCAUAUGAUAUCAUAAAACAUGACGUUCAAUUCAUAAAACUGCAUAUCUAUUGAAAAUGUUUGAAACUACACUUUGGUUCAGACGCUCUUUCUGGCCUAAAACACCUGACACUGAUAUUAUUACAUGCACAAAUAAUGUACUUGUUGUAACAAAUAAUGUACUUGUUGAAAUUAGACUAAAGUAAUGGUACAGCUUUAGGUUCAUGUCAUUAUCAAGAAUACGGAAUUAGGAUACGGAAAGUGAAACCACCUAAGUUAACGCUGGCUUUAUCAAGACGUUAUCUUCAAUAUAGCAAUUCUAUAAACUUACCGCUCAUCCUGGAUCGUUAUAUCUAAUUUAGUAUAUUAGUAUAUUUAUAUAACCUAUAACUUUUUUCUUCAAUCGGUGGCUGAGUGUUGUUCUAUAACCUCAGCAGGAGUUUUGUAAUCAUUAUGACUAAGUUAUUGGGAUAAAACAGGCAUAUGUGUGACUAAACCAUACAGGUGAAACAUGCAGUAUGAUAAAGCCUUUGAAAGGA